GAGGCGCCAUACAGCUGUUGUCCAGUGAGACUCCAGUGGAUGGUCCUAUUUAUAUUUUCAUCAUUCAGACUGAUGGGAAAGGUGAAGGUUAGCUGUGAUUCAAAGGGGGUUACUACACUGGAAUCCCAAACAGAGGAGAUUAUUAUAGAUCUAGAAGCUGUGAAUGUGUGUGAUCUAGAAAAACAUUGUGUCUUUGUAAUCGCCAUGGCAACGGACGAACGGCACUGAGGAGGAGAGAAGGGGUGUAGUUAGAAACAGGGUGGUGUGUGGAGAGAGCAAGAUUCUUAGGGAGGAAGAGAGAGUGGUUGUGGAGUGGAAGUGGGAUUCAGAGAAAAGUGUUUUUGCAAAGAGAAGAAGAGGAGGAAGAAGAGAGGACCAGAGACAAAGCAGUGGUUUUUUUAUUUUAUAUUUUUGUCUUUUGCUGUCGAAGAUGUGUCUCAGCUUGGUGAUGCUGCUCCUCUGUCUCUCCCAAACAGAGUUGGCAAGAGUUUGGACUCAACAGCAAACAGACGAUUGGUACAGUGUGAUCUCACAGCAGCAUGAAGAGUCAACCAGAGAUGACAGUCACACUCACAGAACCCAAAGGUCAUCUUCAGGCCAUGCUAGGACAAGCAGGGCAGUCCAGGGUGGAGAGCUAACCAUCAACACGCUGCCAGACAACAUGACACGCGUAGUGGAGGAUUCUGGCAAAUAUUAUACAUGGCGUAGUUUUGGCCCCGAGGACCAACGCACACAGGAACUAUGGGUAGACAUGAGUGACAUCCGGCACGGCCAAGUCAGAGUCCAUGGCAUUCUGUCAAAUUCAUACAAACAGGCUGUGAGGGUUGCCCUGUCAUUUGACUUUCCCUUUUAUGGACAUUACCUGAGGCAGAUUACCAUAGCAACAGGAGGGUUUAUCUUUACAGGGGACAUUACUCACCGUAUGCUGACGACAACACAGUACAUCGCCCCUCUAAUGGCUAAUUUUGACCCCAGCUACUCCAAAGAAUCCACUGUGCAAUACCUGGAUAAUGGUAAGGUGUUUGUGGUCCAGUGGGAGCGGGUCAGACUCCUAGGUAAAGAGUCAGAAGGGGCCUUUACCUUUCAGGCUACGCUUUACAAAACAGGAGCCAUCACGUUCAGCUACCGAGAUAUACCGCUGUCAUUAGACGUGAUCAGUUCAGCUCAGCAUCCAGUGAAGGUGGGUUUGUCUGAUGCCUUCAUGGUCACGUCAGCCUCUUCUCAAUCACCAGAUGCCCAGCGGCGGAUGAUUUACGAGUACCACAGGGCUGAGAUAAACACCACAAAGAUCACCAACUACUCUGCUGUCGAGUUCACCCCACUGCCUACCUGCCUGCAACACAACAACUGUGAGCUCUGCCACUCAUCCAACCAAACUUCUGGCUGUAGUUGGUGCAAUGUACUCCAGAGGUGUUCAGAUGGCAUGGAUAGACACAGACAGGAAUGGCUGGACUAUGCCUGUUCAGAAGAGAGUAAAGAUGCAACCUGUGAGGAUUACUUCAGGGGUGACAGUUCCAUCGGCCCCUCUAUCACACCAGAGAUGGAGGAUGUGACCUCUUUGACUCCUCUACAAAACGGCUGUGAAAGUGAUGAUUACACCAAAUGUCAUAUAUUCAAGACUGGCAGUGAUGUGAAGACAGAUUCUUCAACCACGAGUGAAGGGUUGGCUAACUCAGGAGUGAUAGCUGGCAUAGCAGCCGCUCUGGUGUUACUCUUAGCUCUGACAGUAGUAGCCCUUUACAUCAACUACCAUCCCACGGCUGCAUCGCCACUUUACCUCAUCCAGCGACGCAAGAACUACUGGCCUUCCUUUAAGUUUCAGAAGCAACAAUCUGGUUACACAGAAGUAGAGGGAGAAGGCCACGAGAGGGACAGCAUCGUUGAAGCCGGGCCAUGUUGAAACCGUAAAUGCGACCAUGGAUGAACAAGAUAUUUGCAUUGAACUGAUUUCUCCAAACAUUCAAACAUUUACUUUUCCAAACCAGUUAAACUUUAACAUUCAGUUAUGAUUGUUUUUCAAGUGGUUUAUCAUCUCAUGAUGACACAUUGUUGCGGCAGUUUCUGUAUAUUAUAGUUGAAUGUUAUAUGAUGUUAAAUGAUUUCAUUUGAAAUUGCUAUCUCUUUUUGAAUAAACUAUUGUUGCAUUCACAUCUUUUUAAAUAAAUCGAAUUUGACUGCAAUAAACUGUGAAUUGCAUGCCUAUAGCUGGACAACUUUAGCAAUAAGGAAGUUCAGUGAAACACAUCAACUAUGCUGUUUUACAUCAAACAAAUAAA